GAGCUCACUGGAAAGAGAAAUGGAUAUUUUAUUUAAAGUCAGUUCUUUACUACUGUGGCUACUGGGCUCUUCAGUCCUUGGAGAAACCAGGCACCUGUCAAAGCCUGAAGAUAUAUGCGUAGCUAUUGAGAACCAGAAAUCUCCAGGCGUCCUGUACAUUGGCAAUCAGCAGUCUGGUGCAGUACCACUCCUGCAGUUUCAGAUUUCUGAUAUUCACAGUUUUGAAUCCUCAUUUGAACUACGUACCUUUGACCCUGAAGGUAUCAUCUUUCAUGGAAACAUGAGGACAGAGGAAAGCUGGUUUCUCUUAAGUCUACAUGACAGGUUUCUACAAAUACAUCUUCAUGAAGGAUCAUCUUUGAUUCGAAUCAGCAGUGGACGAGUUAUUAACGAUGGACAUUGGAAGCGGAUCUCUGUUGCAAUAAAAAACUCCUUCAUACUCGUGUCAGUGGAUAAUGAUGACAUCAUUAAGGUGAACCAUCUACGAGACAUCACCCAAUUCCAAGAAGAAACUGGAGUCCUGAAGAUUGGCAUUGGAGCAUUACUGCCCAACAUAAGUGUGCCAGUGCAUAUAAAUCCUUCCCUGGAUGGAUGCCUUCGAAACUGGGACUGGGUGAAACAGGAUUCCAAGGUCCUUUACCAGACCAUAGAAUCUUCAGAGAGUCGAAAGUGUUGGGACACCAUUGUACCUGGCUCCUAUUUUCCUGGCUCAGGAUUUGCUGAGUUUGAGUCCCUCUUUUUCCACACAAAUCUGAGUCAAGCAGAAGUAGAAAACUGGAGUCUGACUGUCGAGCUGUCCCUGACGCCUGUCAUUAGCAAUGGGGUCUUGUUUGCUGUGUUAGAUUUUCAAAGUAACCUGUCUUUUUCUCUGUGCCUAAAUGAAACUCAGCAGUUGGUGGCCCUAACUAUUUUUGGAAAGACUUUAGAGUCACACGGCUUGCCUCCCAACUUGUGUUCCGGUCAAAGUCAGGAGUGGUGCUUGACUUUGGCAAAUAAUACAGUGUCUCUUAAAAUGGCUGAGACAGAAGAAAAGUGGAUUAUAUCUGAAGGUGAAUUUCAGCAGCUACGAGAGACAUGGGAGCAUCCAGACUCUGUAAUUUAUCUUGGAGGCCUGCCAGAGACAAUGUCUGCUUCCAGCACCCGUACGUCCUACUUUCAUGGUUGUGUGCAUGUGAAGAUACAAGGGAAACCUAUAGACAUGGACAUGGCCAGGAAAAAACACAGUGAUAUCCGUGCUCAUAGCUGCCCUGCAGUGGCUCUCCAUGUACUGGAGAACAAGUGAGGGAAACCUGCAUGAUGGAAGCUUCCACAGGCUCUUGAAAGGCUUCAGAGAUACAAGGACAUCCUUUGGAAGAAAUUAAUCCGUUUCAAAGCUUUUUAUUGUACAGGCCACAUGAGUUUAUUCUACUGUUUACAAUGAAAGGCAUUAUAAUACUUAAUAUGUUCAAUUACUAUAUGUAGGAGUAUUAGUAUGAAAAGGCAUAAAGAGCACCCUAUAUCAAGCAGGAAGGGGAGCCAAAUAAAAUUAAACCAUAGCAGGACUGAGGAUGGGGACUUCCUUCUGUAAAUGAAUCAGUGACUUGCAUUCAGCUGCUGUGACUUUAUGCCACAUUUAGGAGAAUUACAUCUGAUACAGUCAGAAGUCUGAAUGAAGUCAGAAUAUUAGCUGUUUAAGAACAUUCACUUUUACAUUUCACAGUCAAUUUGGUUUAUCUUUGGCCUGCUGCUUUGUGUUAUUUUAUUGCUCACCCUGGCUGGGCUUUUUCUCACACCAGAUGAUGUUGUCCUUAGAGAGUUGCACAUACUGCCAAUUUCUGUAGCGAGUGGCAUCCCAUAAUGCUGCCAUCAGCAUGCCAAAAUGUGGAGCUUUUGUUGACUGGCUGAGCAUACAGGUAUUAAUUCUAACCUAGUGCUCUAAUUGUACUUCUUUAUUUCAUAAGGUUCAUCCAGAAAUACGCAGUGAGGUCUUUUCACUCCACAAAGGAGUUAAGCCAAGGGUUUUUGCAGUUUUCCACUGAGAAUUUGUUUUCUUAAUCUCACUUAUGAUUUUACUGCCAUAUUUUCAUGUUUGUUCAUUUUUUUUUUGUUUUGCUAUUAAGCAACCAGGAGCAAAUAACACUUAAUUUGUUUUAGCAUUGAGGCUACUGCUCUUCCAUAGUUGUCACUGUGGCAUACUGUCCUGGAUAUAUAAAAAAUGUUUUCCACUUCAUAAAGAUCAGCUUUGUUGUAUUUAAAGGAAUAAAUAGUUAUUGGCUUUGAAAUGAUUUAUCUCCUUCUCUACUCUUUUGUAUUCUUUUAGUCUCAAUUUUCUUGAACGGUUCCAUGGUCCUCUUGUUUGAAUCUUUCCUUGAAAUUUCUUAAACUGUCUGGUUGGAGUACCUUACAGGCGCCAGUGUUUUAUUCUGAAACUAUUUCCUUCACAGUUACUAAACGUAGAGGCAGGCAUGUCAACAGUGCAGCUCAUUUACGCAGUUUCUUUGCAAGUGAAGAGCAGUAACUGAGUUGUUUCAAAGGUACUACAUGUGUAUACUUACACUUCACAUAUUAGGUGAAUUUAAAAAAAAAAAAGGUAAAUUAUCUCAAAAUG